AUGGGUGUGCCUACUCUCUCUGGAAUAUUAGCCCGAUGGAAGAUGCUAUUAUCAAAAUUUGACAUUGAAUACGUAAGUCAAAAGGCUAUAAAGGGAAGUGCCAUAUCGAACUUCUUGGCAAGCAGAGCUUCUGAAAAUUACGAGCCACUGGACUUUGAUUUCUCAGAUGAAGAUUUGAUGGCCAUAUCUCUAGAAGAAAUAAGUACUUCCACAUGUGAUUCCUGGAAAAUACAUUUUGAUGGUGCGUCAAAUGCAUUAGGACACGUCAUUGGGGCUAUAAUGGUUUCACUUGAAGAAAAUCAUUACCCUUUCACUAGCAGAUUGAACUUUGACAGCACUAAUAACAUGACAGAAAAGCUUGUAUUAGAUCUACUCAAAAAGUUUGACGAAGUCACUUUCCACUAUGUGCAUAUAGGAGAAAACCAAAUGACCGAUGCCUUAGCUACCUUGGUAGCAGUAUUUAAAGCUGGCGGGGAAUCUGACAUGCAGUCAUAUGAAUACCCAACUCAUUGUUACUAA